CUCAUUGUACUUUGCAUCUUUUUAAGAAACAACACUACAUAGUUUCGCACUGAACUCAACUGAAGGAAAGAAAAUAAAAACCGAAACUCUCGCCGGAAAAAUCGCCGGAGUCUCUCACCGGCCACCGGCGAAAAUAAUCAGCCAGUGUUUGUUUCAGUUUAAUUGAGAAGGGGGAGAUGGACGAAUUUCAGGCAGGAAUUGACAAUGUGGAUACUGGUCAUGAGGCGAAAAUGACCGAAAACACCCUGGUGGUGAUGAAUACUUCUGAUGAAAUUCGAGGUGUUCCAUUCCAAGAAGAUUUGUAUCCGAAUGAGGCAAUGGAUGUGAUUCAGGCAAGACUUGAAAAUUUAGAUUCUGGUUAUGAGGCAAAAAUGACUGAAAAUACCCCAGUGACCAACACUUCAGAGAAAUUCCAAGGCGCUCCAUUGGAAGAAGAUUUCUAUCAGAAGGCUGCAAUGGAUGUGCUUCAGGCAGGACUUGAAAAUGUAGAUUCAGGUUAUGAGGCAAAAGUGACUGAGAACACCCCGGUGACGAACACUUCAGAGAAAUUUCGAGGUGUUCGAUUCCAAGAAGAUUUUUACCCAAAGGAGGCAAUGGAUGUGCUUCAGGUAGGAAUUGAAAAUGUAGAUUCUGGUUAUGAGGCAAACGUGACUGAAAACACCCCAGCGACGAACACUUCAGACAAAUUCCAAGGUGUUCCAUUCCAAGAAGAUCUGUAUCAGAAGGCGGCAAUGGAUGUGCUUCAGGCAGGAGCAGGACUUAAAAACGUAGAUUCUGGUUAUGAGAAGAAAAUGACUGAAAACACCCCCAUGACUGAUACUUCAGAGAAAAUCCGAGGUGAAGAUUUGUAUCAGAAGGCGGCAAUGGAUGUGCUUCAGGCAGAAGCAGGACUUGAAAAUGUAGAUUCUGGUUAUGAGAAGAAAAUGACUGAAAACACUCCCAUGGCUGAUACUUCAGAGAAAAUCCGAGGUGAAGAUUUGUAUCAGAAGGCGGCAAUGGAUGUGCUUCAGGCAGGAGCUGGACUUGAAAAUGUAGAAAACACUCCCAUGAUUGAUACUUCAGAGAAAAUCCGAGGUGCUGAAUCUAGAUGUCGGAGAAGAAGUAAAUAUUUAUCUUACCCAUACACAAAUAGUGGACCAAGAGAUAAAGAUUCGCCAGCUGAAACAGAAGAAUCGAAAACUCCAUGUGUUGUUGUUAAAGAAAAGGCUUCAAGCAGAACUAGUAAACCUUCAAAUGGAUCUAUUUUACCUGAUAAAUUGGUUAGCAAGAGAUUCCAAAAUAACUGGUACAGAAAAUUCAUCAGCUGUAGUAGUAUGUCUAGCAGUCCAGAUUUCGUAAGUGCAAGUUCCGGUGAUUUACUUUCAGGACUAUUUUCUACUGCUGUUGAUUGUAUGUCUCCAAUUGAGGAUAAAAACUUUGAUUUGGUUGAGUGGUUCUUCUGUAAAAAAAGAAUAUCAGAAUAUCACGAUGAGGCUGAACUUGCUACUUCUUUGGUUAGUGUGAAUGGGGGGAAAACAGUGAAACCUGGUGGCAAUGAUUUACUGGAUACCAAAAGUAGGAAGAAGAGAAAGAAUACUAAAGCGGAAAAUGCAGCAAGGCAUAAGAUGAAACCUCUUUCUGGUCUAUCGGAUAUGAAGGGUAAUGUUUCUAUAGUUGACUGCACAAGUUCUGGGAAAAAACUUCAACAAAAGAGGAAGGUGGAAGAAAUAACUUCAUUGCAUCAGCUGCAAAGUCCGGAGACAACUAUAAAUGAGAGUGGAAAUAUAUGCAGCUCAGUUCCUGAAACUCAAAAUCAUAAUGUCCUUGCUUCUGAAAAAAAGACUAGGCCUAAAAAGAAACAAAAGUUGGAAGCUGCACAAAAGUAUCAAGGUGCCCAGCUUGCUUCUCAUUUCCAUUCGAAGAGUACGGAAUGCAGCUCACUAGUAAUAGAUUUGCAGUUUAUGUCCCCACCUCUACCUGUUGAUAUUCAUCAGAAAAGCAAUGGUGAAAAUAAGGAAGAACAAGUUUUUAAAGUUUCAAAUCCAGAGAUACGUGUCUCCCAAGGAGAACUUGAUGGAAAUGUUACUCGUAACUUGUUAGUGGGUACAUCAGAGGCUGGUACUGCCUCCCAGGAAGGAUUUGCAGCAAAUAUUACUAAUCAUAACAUGUCGGUAAAUGCUGCAUCAGAGCUUGGUUCAGUAUACCAGGCAAGAUUUGUUGGCACUGCCUCCAUAAAUAAAAGAGAGAAGAAGAAAAGAACGAAGAAAGCACCACAGGAGCAUCCCAAUACUAAACAUGCUAGAGAGAUACCUGAUUUGAACAACAUUAGCUUUGAGUCCAGUUCAAUAAGAAAAGAAUCCGGACCUGUCAACUUCCUUUCAUCUGAAUUGAAGUCAGGGCACCCAAGAAGCUUAUCCGCUUGCUCGAGCCGUACCAAAACUGUCAACUUAGGUGGAGUUGAGUACAAUGGAAAAUCAGUUGGAACCUUUCUCUUUCUACAAUUCGCACCAGGAGUUGAUAUCCCAUCAAAAGAGGAUUUGUUGAAAACAUUUUGCCGGUUUGGUCCGCUGAAAGCAUCCGAAACUCAGAUGAUGAAAGAUAAUGGUAGUGCUCAAAUUGUUUUUGUUAGAAGCAUAGAUGCUGCAGAAGCACUUCGCAAUUUAGAGCAGAACAACCCAUUUGGUGCAGCUCUUGUGGGCUACAGGCUCCAUCCUCCUCCUGCAGCGGCUCCACCAUUGGAGCAAUGCAUGACACCAACCCAACCAAGGCCCCAUCAUCCUCCUGCGGCAGCUUCACCAUUGGAGCAAUUCAUGACACCAACUCAACCAAGGCUCCAUCAUCCUCCUGCAGGGGCUCCACCAUUGACGCAACUCAUAACACCUACUCAACCAAGGGUCCAUCAUCCUCCUGCGGCGGCUCCACCAUUGCCAACUCAAUCAAGGCCCCAUCAUCCUCCUGCUGCGGCUCCACCAUUGGAGCAACUCAUGACACCAACCCAACCAACUAGGUCUAUGCCAAUGCCUGGUGAGACACCUCCUCCUCUUGAGAUUAUGAAGCAGAACUUGCAGAUGAUGACAUCAGCGCUGGAGAAGUCAGGGAAUAAUCUUUCUCCCCAGAUGAAAGCCAAAUUGGAAGGUGAAAUAAAAAAUCUCCUGACCAAGAUGAAUAGGGGUAAAGUAUGAACAUUAGUAUGGGAAGUUUUCCUAUUUAAAUUAAGUAUCAUUGUAUUGAGAUUUAUAAGUAGUUUAAAUUAUCCGUUAAACAAAAAAAGGUAGAUUAGAUUAGACUAGUUUUGGCUUCUGUUCUAGUUCUUCUUCGGUUGUUGGUCUGUUGUUGUACCUUUGUACUUUCCUGCUGAUUCUUUGACUUUGCACAAAAUGGCGCAAGGAUAUCAAUUUAUGGUUGUCAUUGGACUAUAUCAUCCAGAUAAAUAUUUAUCAAGCUUUUCUUUCAUA